ACUUCUCUCAUUACUGUGGAAAAACCCCAGUGUAAGCCACACCGCGUGAGUCAGCAGUGGACGAGGAGCAGUGAGAAGAUCAAGGAGACGCCCACUGAUGGGUCUUUGUACCAUCCUGUGCGUGUGUGUGUUUGUGUGUGUGUCUGCGAAUACAGGUGGAAAUACUCGCGGAUAUAUGUGAAGGAACAUUCUGAAGUGGGAUCUCAUCAGCAGAAUGCCUGAGCAUGUGCAAGAGAGAAAAUCAAAGAUAUCAGCCUCAAGGAAGCUGAUGCUGAAGAGUCUGAUGGUGGCAAAAGCCAAAGAGGAACUAGAACAAGAAAUCCUCAUCAAAGAAGGGGAGAAACAGAAGUAUCUCGCAGAGAAAGCUCCUCCUCUGAACACCAGUGGCCUCAGCCUCGCUCAGCUGCAGGAUCUCUGUCGAGAACUCCACUCCAAGAUAGACGUGGUGGACGAGGAGCGAUAUGACAUCGAAGCCAAAGUCACGCUCAACACACGCGAGAUUAAAGACCUGAACAUCAAGGUGCUGGACCUCAGGGGGAAAUUCAAGAGGCCUAAUCUUCGGCGCGUUCGUGUGUCYGCCGACGCCAUCCUGCGCUCGCUGCUGGGCUCCAAGCACAAAGUGUCCAUGGACCUGCGGGCCAAUCUCAAGUCUGUCAAGAAAGAAGAUACUGAGAAGAAGAGGCCAGUUGAGGACAGCGACUGGAGGAAGAACGUGGAGGCCAUGUCGGGGAUGGAGGGAAGGAAGAAGAUGUUCGAUGCUGCCAAAGGUUCUGUGCAGUGAGACGUGCACCGUGUGGUGUUACAAUGACUUGUUCUCCCAUACUUUUUUUUUCUUUUUGCAGUUUUUGGAUGUUCUGUUUGGUCUGCUAUCAAAGUUGAAUAAAUAUGCUAAUCUAUACCAAUCACUUUGUAUAUAAAGUUUAGAUUUAAUUAUUUGUUCUUUUAACAACUAUUGUACCUUAAAUUCUCAUUCAAUUGACGUAAUCAAGAAGCUUCACUGUUGUUGCCUGUUUUGGUCAUAUCAGCAGGAUCUGUUAGUGCUCAGAGUCUGUGUUAGUAUCACAUCAAAGUUACUGUCUUUAUAGCUGUGGAGCCUUCUAGAAUUGGGCUGACUUUACCAGCAAGUUCCCCACAAUGAAUGAUUCAUUACUGAGAGUUUGAUCAAAAUCUCUUUKGGUGUUUCAUGAGAUAUUUUGCUAACAGGCAAAGAAAGUUACUUUAUCUUUUUUUUCUUUUCAUGGACAGAUGAGAGGACUGAUCACAUCUCAAUUAAGAGUUCUGUUGAGACAAAAGCUGAACUCGUUAACGUCUAUGAGAUUUUUACUUAAAAAUAAACCAGAAGCAUGUGCUGUAGAAAUGCUAAAACAAUAAAAAAAAAAUUCUUAAAUA